AUUUACUUCCUUGUUGAACACAAAAUCUUAUUUACGUUAAGAUGGCGACGAUAAUAGGUCUUCUUGGAAUAUGGCUAAUCCUCACUUCAUCAAUAUAUUGUAGACAGUUUGGUUAUAACAACAGUUUAACAUGUAACUGUAAUAAUGAAGAAAGUUGUCAAGAUUCUGGUAUAUGUAGUACUGGAGUAUGUAAACAAGGAUGGUCUGGUCCCACUUGUCAAAAAGAAAAUGUAGCUCUCCAUAAACCAUCUAAACAGAGUUCUUAUUUUAGAUCAGACUGGCCAUCUUCACGAGGUGUUGAUGGGAAUAUAAAUACGUUUAUUGAUAUGAACUCAUCUAAACAAGGCUGGUGGUUUGUAAAUUUACUACAAAAUUAUCCCAUCACAGACAUCACGUUAUAUAACAGACCUGGAUUUUUACAAAGAUUAAGAGGGUUUUAUAUACAAAUUCUUGAUGAAGAUCUGGUAUCAUCUUUAUGUUAUCAUCAUACCAAUGAACCUUUAACACUUGUAUAUAAGAUACGAUGUAACAGUACUGGUUAUUAUGUUGUUAUAAGAAGUGCUAACAACCCAGAGUAUCCUACAGAUCGUAAUCCUAAUGGAAUAUUAAACUUAAGUGAAGUGGAAAUAUAUGUCUGUUCAGUUGGUACAUACGGUCCACACUGUGCGAAUGUCUGCCAUUGUUCUCAGUACACACGAUGUGAUGACAUUACCGGAUAUUGUAAAGAUGGGUGCUUACCAGGAUGGCAUGGUAACAGCUGUAAUCAAAGUUGUUCUGAUAUGAACAGCUAUGGUGAUCGCUGUAAAUAUAAUUGUGAUGACAGAAAAUGUAAUGGAAAAUCAGAUUGUGAUCAUGUGACUGGAACAUGUUUAUAUGGUUGUCAAGAUGGAUGGGAGAGUCAAGAUUGUGCAAAAAUGUGUUCACAAGGAAAUUAUGGUGAAAGAUGUCGACAACUGUGUUCGGACAGAGGCUGCAAAGCAGGUGAUUCAACUUGUGAUCAUGUGAACGGAACUUGUGUUGGUGGUUGUAAGGCUGGGUGGAGAUCACACGAUUGUACUCUAGAUUGUGAAAUUGGUUUCUAUGGGGAGGGAUGUAUGUAUAAAUGUUCAGAACGAAAAUGUCUGAAUGUUACGUCGUCAUCAUGUGAUCAUAUUAAUGGCGAGUGUGAUAAAGGCUGUGAAGAAGGUUAUGAUGGGAUUGAUUGUAUAGGUUUAGUUAGAAGAAACAAUGGCAAAAUGUCACUUCCUGUGGAAAUUAUAGCUCCAGCUGUUGCAGGUGUUGUUGUACUCAUAAUCGUUAUUGUUGUUGUUGCAACUCUACUAGUACGACGAAGAGGUAGACGUACCAGUAGUCAAGCCAAGGACGUUGAUGGUGUCAAUGUAGCGGCUAAAAAUCCAAGAUUAGCUAUUGUUCAGCCAAGAAAACGUCCUCGUGAAAAGGAUUAUGAAGAACACCAUGACAUACAUGUAUAUGCUACCAUAAAAUAUGAGGAACCAGAUUUGUCAGCAAAUAAAAUAACUAACUUUGAUAAAGAGACUGAAGCUGCUACUAGUGUCAACCAUUAUGAAACAGUAUCAAUAGACGAAGAUGACAAAUCUCUAGCGUCAAUGGACACAUAUAUUCCAACAGAAGUUCAAACUGAAAGGUCGUCAGAUCCACCAAUAGAAUCAGAAGACUCUAAUUAUUAUAAUCUGCUCAAUAUUAAUACCGAUCUAAAAUUAGAUCAAUUUGAAUCAUUCUUCAUUAAAACAAAAGAUGGCAACGACUUUAAACUUAUUUUUUUGUCUUUGCCGAAUGAUUUUACUGCUAGCUUUGAUAUAUCACAGAAACCUGAAAACAGAUCUAAGAACAGAUUUCGUGGAUAUUAUCCUUAUGAUUACAGUCGAGUUGUCCUCCAGAAAUCGAAAACAGAUCCACAUUCUGAUUAUAUUAAUGCCAAUUACAUUGAUGGGUUUAAGAAACCGAAGGCCUAUAUAGCAGCACAGGGUGCUACCAAAGUUACAAAAAACGAUUUUGUAAGAAUGAUAUGGGAACAGAAAUGUGAUAAAGUUAUUAUGUUGACUACUGUACAAGAACAUGGAAAAAUCAAAUGUGAACAGUACUGGCCAGAACAAGGAUCUCAGAAAUUUGGAGAAAUAAAUCUGACAUUAAAUGAGGAAAGAGUGCGUGCUGACUUCACUGUACGCUGUAUAACUAUGAGUAAGGGUACUGAAACACGGGAGUUUCACCACUUCCAUUAUACAAGCUGGCCUGAUCAUGAUGUUCCUAAUGUCAGUGAUUUGUUAGAUUUUCUCUACAUGGUUAAUAAACAUAAACCAAACUCAAAUAAACCAGAGAUUGUUCAUUGUAGUGCUGGUGUUGGUAGAACAGGAACAUAUAUAGCUAUAGAUUGUGGAUUAAAGAUAGGAGAACAGACAGGACACUUUGAUGUUAUUGAAUUUACUAAAACAAUGAGAAAUCAGAGGAAGGGUAUGAUACAAACUGAUGGUCAGUUUCAGUUUGUUUAUGAGGCAUUAACCGAGGGAUUUAAAUAUGGCGACAAUAGUUCAGACCAGACUGUGUUUGAAUCAAAAUUUGAUUCAAAACAAGAACCGAUGCAGGUUGGGACAUUAUCCCUCAAAACACAAUAUGGAUACUUGAGACAAAUUAAACCCGAGUCAAGAAACACUGAUACCCCGGAUAGCAUUGAUGAAUCAUUACCAGUUUCAUUCCCGUCUAGAACAAAUCUGAAUGGUUAUAUUGUGGCUGCUCUAAAUGGACAUAAUACAGAAUCAAUAUGGCAGCUGAUACAAAAUAAACAGUGUUCUGUCGUUGUGGCUUUAUUGAAUAGAAAGAAUGAAGUGGCUAUAUGUCCAGAAGUUGGUACAGAAGAAACAUUUGGAUCAUUAAAACUUGAAAGUAAAACUGAUGUCGAUGUAUCAGAGGAGGAAAACAUGAUAAGUGUUUCAACUUCCCAAGAAGGAGCUGAAACAAAAACUGUUCAAGUAAUAAUAAUGAAUAUUGGUGAGUCAAAACCGUUUUUACCACUGGUAAAUCAUAUGAAAGAGUUGAUUGAACAGAUAGAUAUUCACCAUAGUGACGAUAACCAUCCGAUUGCUAUCUUCUCUAAUGAACCUUCUGAUGGUCCAUUAUUCUGUGUAAUAAGAAAUAUCAUACAGAGAAUAAAACUGGACAAUGAAGUUGAGAUAUUUGAAAAUGUUAGGAAAAUGCAUCAACGAAUUGAAUUUGUGAGAAAAUCGGAGGAUGACUAUCUCAACUUACAUAGAUUUGUUGCAGAAUACAUUAGGUCAUCUAGUUUAUAUGCUAAUUUAUAGAAUGUAUGUUAUAUUCUAAUUACUGUUACAUCAUAACAUACGUAGAACGACACCUAGUCGAUAUAACACUCGGUAGUUUCGUAGCAAUAUACUUCAUAGCAUUAAGCUUCGCAGCAUUAUAUUUUUGAAUACAAUUGGACAUAACUUCAUGUAUAUUGUAUAAAGAACGGAGGAAACUCAGUAACAUAUAUUUGUUAUUAUUGUAUUUUACAAUUAGGUUAAAGUAUUUAGCAUCUGUAAUUUUGUCUAUUCAAGUUGUAUAUUUUUAUGGACUUAUAUAACCGUCUUAUACCAGGAAACAUCUUUUUAAUAUGAGAAUUUUUAUACAUAUGUAUAUAUAUAUAUGAAGUGACGGUCUAUAUGCGCCAAUAUGGAAAGAAACCGAGAUCUUUCGGUUAUAACCAUACAUUGUCAGUUUCAUCAAAACCGUAUAAAAAUUGUGAUCUGUAGAGUGUCCACAACCUUGGUAUCAUUAUGCAUAUAUUUGUCAAAUUCAACAUCGCAGGAAAACACAAUUGACAGUGUUUGCAUGGUAAGGUAUUUAAAAAAGAAAUAAAAUUACACUUCAUUGCUGAGUAAUUUUAUUAGCCAGAAAUCACACAGAAAGCGUCUCUGACGAUCUAGACCCCCAAGGGCUGCUGGGGCCUCGCCUAAAGCCCUAGGGUGGUAGCCCCCCCCCCCCUCGCCCGUUCAAGAAUUGCUUCCGCCGGCCCUAAAAGUUUUCAAAAUACCCGAAAACUCUAAUUCAGGUUGGAUAGGACGAUGAUGAAAAAUCCAAAGUGUUACACCCCUAUCAGAAUUAACGAACCUGUAAGCGAGAAAAAUUAGAUGAAUCUGGAAUUCUGGGAUACCGACCUCCUAUCCGGGGUUCCGAACAGUGAAAAGUGAUCCGGGAGUCAUGGGAACAGAAGAGAGGCCAAAACACUAUCUAUAUACACCAUCUAUACACCUGUGAGUGAGAGUGAGAGUGAACUGUUUUCUAUUUCAAUUAAAAGGGAUCAUGCAUGAAUAUAUUGUGUGUAAGGAAUUUUAAAUUCCCGCUAUGACAUCUUUGGUGUACAUAUACUUUGUUUAGCAGGAGGAUUUUGGAUAAAAG